UGGAAUAAAACCGCUCAGGAUGUACACCGUUGCAUCUCACUGAUUCUCAGACAUCAACUCAAUAAGAAGAAGCAUACUCGCAGUCUAGCAAACAACAGACAGUCAAACAGCAGGACAGAGAUCCAGUGAGUCGAUGUGGAGUCCAUUAGCUUUCACUGCCAGAUCUCCCUCAGAGCUGAAACAGCACCUAUUCAGCUUCAGUGUCAGAAGGUGAAAGAAAACACGCUACAAGUCCAAAGUCCAAAUGGACUUCUGAAUCAUCUUCUAUAAAGAACCAUUAUAUUGGUUGAAUUGUGCUAUAAAAGGCAAGCGGGGGCGAGGAGAGCUUGCUGGUUGCAUGAUGGCUCCUGAAGGUAUAGGGGAGCUUCGAGACUUGCUCUUCUUUCUGCUGCUGUGCUUCACACUAUUGGCUGAGCUAUUGGAGAUGACUGCAGCUUCCUCACUGGGAUUGGAUGGUGAUGGUGACAUAGUGUGCCCUUCUGUGUGUCGCUGUGACGAGGACUUUAUUUACUGCAACGACCGAGGAUUGAGCGCAAUCCCACCUCUACCCCCAUCUGCAACUGUCCUUUAUCUUCAGAACAAUCACAUUGACAAUGCAGGGCUUCCUAGGUCCUUGGAGCAUCACACUACCGUGCGUGUUAUAUAUCUCUAUGAUAACGAGCUCGAUGACUUUCCAUUGAAUUUGCCACCUUCAUUAAGAGAGCUCCACCUCCAGGACAACAACAUUAGAGUGUUGCAAAGGGCUGCACUUGCUAGACUUCCGCUCCUUGAAAAGUUGCAUUUGGACGACAACUCGGUUUCUACAGUGAGUAUUGAGGACCAGGCCUUUGCGGACAACCCUAGAUUACGUCUCCUCUUCCUUUCCAGAAACCACCUUUCCAGCAUCCCAUCUGGUCUUCCUGCCUCACUUGAAGAACUCCGUUUAGAUGACAACCGAAUCUCUACUAUUCCCACUCAUGCCUUCCGAGGUUUGUCCUCUUUACGCCGCCUGGUCUUGGACGGUAAUCUUUUAGCUAAUCAACGUAUAGCUGAUGAUACCUUCUCACGUCUGGCAAACUUAACAGAACUCUCCCUGGUCCGUAAUUCGCUUCAAACACCCCCACUUAACUUGCCCAGUGCCCAUCUGCAGAGACUCUCCCUUCAGGACAAUAACCUUAUACACAUGCCUCGGGGCUCACUUGAUGGAAUGCGCAGACUACAACGCCUAGAUCUUUCCGGAAACAAUCUGACUACCCUUCCCAGAGGAUUGUUCAGGGACUUGGACAACCUGGGGCAGCUGCUUGUGCGAGGAAACCCAUGGCACUGUGGGUGCAACUUGCGCUGGCUGCAUGACUGGCUGGAGGCAAAGGGGAACACAAUUACCGUGAGAGGCUUUAUCUGCCAGACACCAGAGCGAGUCCGAGACAUGGCGCUUAGAGACCUCACAAAUCAGAUGGAUGAAUGUGAGUUAGCUGCUGCAGGUGGUGGAGGAGUAGGUACAGGUGUUGGCGUUGGUGGUAACAGGGUGAGUGGAGGAGCGGUGGGAGUCAUUUCUACCACUCUUUCUCCCCCUCAAGGGUCCCUGUUCACUCUCAGGUCCAAGCGACCAGGCCUGGGUCUUCCAGAAACAGGGUUGGACUACACAUUAAGCAGCAGUGGUGUGGGCAAGAACCUAGCCCUGAAUGUGAAACCCCUAUCCCAUGACAGCAUCCGUGUUACUUGGAGUGUAGCGCAAACAUCUUCUUCCUUUCGAUUAAGCUGGCUUCGCCUGGGAACUAGCUCUGCCAUGGGGUCCAUCACAGAAACUUUGGUUAGGGGUGACCGGCGGGAGUACCUUCUCACUUCCCUGCAGCCUGCUUCCAGCUACAUCAUUUGCAUGGUGCCUCUAGUGUCUAACAGUGGAAGCAGAAGUAGUUUGCCUGGGGGGGACACAGAAUCAAACGAGGUACCAGUUUGUGCCAGAACAGAAACGUCUGAUCCCGGCCUGCCUGAUGAGGAACAAGGUGAAGAAGAUAGCUCUGAUCAAAUGACUUCUCUGCCACUUGCAGGAAUUAUUGGAGGUGCUACGGCAAUAGUUUCCCUUGCUCUUAUCAUUGCCAUUUUCUGCUGGUAUGGGCACCGUGCAGGGCGCCUCAAAUCACGAGACCAUUACAGUCAUAGUGGCUCUCGCAAGAGCAAACACUAUGAUGACUACAUUGAGUCAGGCACAAAGAAAGACAAUACUAUCUUAGAGAUCAGAGGUCCUGGAUUUCAGAUGACACCAAUGGCAACAAGGCAGACCCUUCAACCCAAACCAGUGCGAGAGGAUUACAUUAUACACACCAUCUUCCCUUCGAAUGGCACAGGUCCAUACAAGCCAUCCCAAAACAUGACCAACUCUGGCUAUGGUACCAACCGUGGCUAUAGAGAAGGAGGCAUUCCAGAUAUAGAUUACUCUUACACAUGAUAGCUUUGAUUUAGAAACCAUAAUUAGGAGUCAUGUAUUGCAUAGAUACACAGUUUUUAAUCAACAUGGGCUCGGCUGAAUCCCUUUGUGCCUUCUGGUCUCCAUUACAAUGUAGCCUGCUGUUCAUGAGACUAUAAAACUUUUAAUUGGCCCAGAUGCUUAUAGGGAAGCAUUAUAAAUGUGGUGCCAGGAGGCAAUGAUGCCAUUUCAGGUGGCGAUACCAAAUGCUAUUUUCACCUCCCGGUGUAAUGAUCAGUGUCCCUGACAUUGCUGUUUUAUCUCUGGCUGGUGCACUGAGGUGGAUUCAAGGGCAGCCCACACUGCAUUCAGCUUACAGACUGUUUAUAAAGCUAAAUGCAUAUAAAGGCAGCCUUCUCAUCGGCUGCUAAAUAACCAACCUGCUAUUCAUUUUAAUGGUUU